AUGGUGCAAAAACAUCGUUCAGCUUCCAAAGCCACCCUCGCCAAGGAUGUGAGCCCGAUGCGCAACAUGACAAUCAACAAGCAUGCGCUCGCCUCGAGCCCCGCCAGCAGCAUGGCCCAAAGCUUCGGUGGCCGCUUAUGUGUGCCCACAGCAACAACGAGCAGCUACAGCAGCGCAGACAAAUGGAAAUACAACAACAUGGUGAACAAUCAACGCGAACAAUUCAACAGUUUGCACUUCUGCUAAGCUGCUGAUAGUGGUCACCGAAAGCUAGCAACCGGCGCGGGUGUCCAAAAGUGCGAAAUACCAUCAAAUUUUUAGAAAAAUUCAACGCUAAAACAGUAAGAUCAGCGCCGUCGCAUAUAUUUCGUUACUAAAGGCUUACAAGCACACACAUACACACACCCAUGUAAAACACCAUCCAAGUUGUUUCUUAGCAUUCCAAUAAAGCAUAAAUUAUAUAUAUUAUAGUUAA